AUGGCCAACCUCAAGAUCCCAAUCCACAAGAAAAAGAUCAAUCCAGCAGAGCUUCAAGGGUUCAAUGACGCAUGGAGGUCGACGAAUGCACCUGUUCCCGUACUCCCAAAUCCACUAAGGGAUAGUCAAAACACCGAACACAACAAGGCCAUGGCUAAGUUUCGAAAUGAGAUCACGUUUUAUUCCAAACUGUCCUUCAAAUCCUUCUUACCAGAAUCAUCCAGAGUUGCGGAAGAGGCUGUCAACUACCUUAAGAAUGCCGGAUCAGAUCUUCUUCAAUAA